AGCCGAUGCCUACAGACGGACAGGCUACGCGACCCCCCUCCCCCUCUUCCAUCAUUUUCCCAUCUCCUCCUCAUUCUCUUUCCUACAACAAACAUGGCCGCGAAGUCUGACGGUGCCGCGGCCUCUCGCCGACUCGAGCUCCCGCCCGAGUGUCCCUCCAGGUCGGAGCCGCGGUCGCCGCUGCGCCGUGUGGCCGAGCAGCGCUACUCUCUGUCGGACUGCUGCUGGACGCUGUGCGCCCUCCUGGUCUUCUUCUCGGACGGGGCCUCCGACCUGUGGCUGGCGGCGGACUACUACCUGAGGCGGGACUACUGGUGCUUUGCCCUGACUCUGGUCUUUGUGGUCGUCCCGUCCGUGGUCGUUCAGGUUCUGAGCUUCCGAUGGUUCGUCUACGACUUCACGGAAACCGUCGAGAGCGGCGCGGCCGCGGUGGUGGCGGCGUCGGGGGCGGAGGAGCGCGACUUCAGCACCAAGGACAGCGACGAGCGGGGCGCUGGCUGCACCGCCGGGGCCGCGGUGCUGCCGGGGCCGGGAGGAGCGGGAGGAGCCCGGGGCUGCUGCAGAGCCUUCGUGUGGCUCGUCCAGGCCCUGAUCCACACGUUCCAACUGGCGCAGGUCUGGAGGUACGUCCACACCUUGUAUUUGGGCGUUCAGAGCCGCUGGCAUCGGGACUCCGAGCGCCGUCACUACUACUGGCGCAUGAUGUUUGAGAGCGCUGACAUCAGCAUGCUGCGCCUGCUGGAGUCCUUCCUGAAGAGCGCCCCCCAGCUGGUGCUGCAGCUCUGCAUCAUGAUCCAGGCCAGUCAGGUGCUGCCGCUCCAGGGGCUUUCAGCUUCUGCAUCUCUGGUCUCUCUCGCCUGGAUGAUCUCCUCCUAUCAGAAAGUCCUGAGGGACUCCAGAGACGACAAGCGACCCAUGACCUACAAGGCUGUGAUGGUUCAGAUCCUGUGGCACCUGUUCACCAUCGGGGCCCGGACUCUGGCCUUUGCCCUGUUUGCCUCCGUGUUCCAGCUUUACUUUGGCAUCUUCAUCGUGGCCCACUGGUGCAUCAUGACGUUCUGGAUCAUUCAAGGCGAGACGGACUUCUGCAUGUCCAAGUGGGAGGAGAUCAUCUACAACAUGAUGGUGGGUAUCGUGUACGUGUUCUGCUGGUUCAGUGUGCGAGAGGGACGCACUCGCUGCAGGAUGCUCAUCUACAGUCUGACUGUGUUGGUGGAGAACGUGGCCCUCACCGCCGCCUGGUACCUGCACCGCGGCGCUCGCACCUCAGACUUCUACGCCGUGGCCAUGGUGUGUGUGGUGGCCUCCAGCUACGCCCUGGGCACCUUCUUCAUGUUUGUGUAUUACUGUCUACUGCACCCUGACGGCCCGGUCUCCGGGUGGGGCCAUGUCUUGGAGAAGGAGGUGCCAGUGGAGUCGCUGGCCUCGCCAGCCACCAGCCUCCCCCCGGACCUGGUGAGCAGCCCCCCCAGGACCCUUCAGAGAACUAAAGGCUCGGACAGAGAGCAGGGACCUGGGGUGGAUGGAGACGUCUUUCAGGUACGACCACCUCGGGGGGCUCAGGCCCCGGCACAACACCUCUCUCCCAGGACAGAGGGGCCCGUCAUCAGAAUAGAUCUUCCCAGGAAGAAGUACCCUGCCUGGGACGCUCACUUCAUUGACCGCCGGCUGCGUAAAACCAUCCUGGUGCUGGAAAGCGCUGCCCCAGUCACACCAAGGAUUCAGUACCGCUGUCUGGGCAUGCCCAAGGAAGUGAUGGAGUUCGAGACGACCGUGUGACGUGCUGAAGGCGCUGUGACUCAGCUCGAUGCCAUGUGGCGAUGACUCUCCCUGAGCCGUCUGUUCCAGCUCCAUGCCACUGGACCGCUCUCUGGCAGGAAGUGGAGAGACAGAGCGAUGGAGGGUCAGAAUCCUGUGAUGUUGGUCUAUGAUGGUGCAUAUUUUUACUUUCUGUGGUUCAGGAAGAGCCCGGUCGCUGCCCGGUUACGAAGAGAGGAGCGCAGGCAGGCGGAGAGGCGGAGCUAUGUGACAACCAAUCCGAGGCACCCAGUCCUCCUCAGUGAUCCACACACGACGGUCAACAAGAGGCAAACCUUCAACAUGAGUGAUUACUUAUGGCAGCUAGAAGUGAAACAUCACUGAGCACGAUUUUAAACAAAAUCGACAAUAAACACAACACUGAUCAUCAUAAUCAAAACUGUCCAUAGACAUUCACUCAUGUUGAAGGCGCCUCUGAAGAUGCUGCCUCAGGUCUGACGCAGCAGAUCAACUGCAACAUAAGCAUCUUCACGACACGGAGACCGAGAGACUUCAACAUGGUGCUACUGUAACUGUCCAACCACAAAGCUACUUUAACUGUCCAACCACAGAGCUGUACUGUACCUGUCCAACCACAGAGCUACUGUACCUGUCCAACCACAGAGCUGUACUGUACCUGUCCAACCACAGAGCUACUGUACCUGUCCAACCACAGAGCUACUGUAGCUGUCCAACCACAGAGCUACUGUACCUGUCCAACCACAGAGCUGUACUGUACCUGUCCAACCACAGAGCUACUGUACCUGUCCAACCACAGAGCUACUGUACCUGUCCAACCACAGAGCUACUGUACCUGUCCAACCACAGAGCUGUACUGUACCUGUCCAACCACAGAGCUACUGUAGCUGUCCAACCACAGAGCUGUACUGUACCUCAAACACAAAGCUACAAUCAAAACGCCUUAAAGUGAAAAAACAAAGUGAACGAGAAGGUGAAGACAAUUCCAUGGAUUUGUUGUUGCUACAAUAAAGACAAAGUGUUUACCUGA